GUCCGACUGCAAACCCAGCCUAAGCCGCAGCCUGGUCAGCCUCCGCUCUAUUCUGGGACCUUUGACUGCUUCAGAAAGACUCUUGUUGGAGAGGGAGUCCGAGGCUUAUAUAGAGGAAUGGCAGCUCCUAUUAUCGGAGUGACACCUAUGUUUGCUGUGUGCUUCUUUGGAUUUGGCUUGGGAAAAAGACUCCAACAGACAAAACCUGAUGACAUUUUGACAUAUCCUCAGCUGUUUGCUGCUGGCAUGUUGUCAGGAGUGUUCACAACAGUAAUCAUGGCUCCAGGAGAAAGAAUCAAGUGCCUUUUACAGAUCCAGGCAGCUACGGGUGAAACUAAAUACAGUGGCUCUUUGGACUGUGCAAAACAGCUGUACCGCGAGGCUGGGAUUCGUGGCGUGUACAAGGGGACAGUGCUCACCCUCAUGCGAGACGUCCCAGCCAGCGGAAUGUACUUCAUGACGUACGAAUGGCUGAAGAACAUUCUGACCCCUGAGGGAAAAAGUGUGAGUGACCUCAGUGUGCCUAGGAUCCUUUUUGCUGGGGGCCUGGCUGGGAUCUUCAACUGGGCAGUUGCCAUUCCACCAGACGUGCUGAAAUCCCGUUUCCAGACUGCUCCUCCAGGAAAAUACCCAAAUGGCUUUAGAGAUGUGCUGAGAGAACUUAUCAGAGAGGAAGGAGUUGCAUCUCUGUAUAAGGGCUUCACAGCUGUAAUGAUCAGGGCAUUUCCGGCUAAUGCGGCAUGUUUUCUUGGUUUUGAAGUUGCCAUGAAGUUUCUUAACUGGAUUGUGCCAGGUCUAUGAAGACUAGGAGGUCUUUGGAAAUUAGAGAGAAGGAAGACAGUGAAAGUCUGCCUCAAAGGAAUAAAUGAAUGAUCACUUGAAGUUUCAGAAAUGAUUGCUUGCCUAAUACCUUUUGGCCUUCCUCACGUUCUUUAGGUGGUGCUAUGUGCCGUUCAGAAGUGUAAGCUGAAGCUCUGAGACGGAGUUGAUGAGGAGUUAGAGGUGAUACACUUUUGUCUUCUGAGCUGAUGUACCACAGCAGUACUGCUGCUAACAGACAGCUGUCACUAUUACACACACUACCUUAAGUACUUCCUCAUGGAAGAAGGGGACACUUCUUAAAAUGUAAUUCUUUGUUUACUGAAGAAACAUGUAGCUAUUAAUGCUGAAAAACUUCCCUAAAGUAAUUGUUUGGCAGUGUGUACUUAACUCUCAGGGCACGAGUUAGCAGCUGCACAUACUAGUAUCUACAAGCAAUGUCAGAUAGCGUUCUCAUCUCUUGUAGUUUUUUAGUUGUGGCUAUUUCUAUGUUGACAGUGGCUUUAAUCUUAUACGCGU